UCGCGCACUGUUUCUCUUCUGGAGAUGAGACGGGACCUGCGGCUGCUCAGCUUCUCCUCUCUGUCUGGCUGGAAUUAAAGAGAGUUUGUGCUUUUCUGACGUUUUCACAAAGCUGCAGCAAUGCCUUGUGUUGAGACCCAGUAUGGAGCUCUGCCUUAUGAAAACAACUACUUCAGCCCCGAUUUCCUAAAUUCAGGAAUCUCCACCAAGCUGGGCAUGGACCUCAGCGGCCAGACGGAGCAGCUGUCCCCACCAUCGCUGCCUGGCAUCAACACUCUAGUGGACAACCAAGCUGGUGAGCUUGACACCUUCUCCUGCCAGUUCACUGCCUCUGUCUCAGCCAGCAACAUCAGCCACGCUUUAGUUGAAGGUUCAAGCCCACGUGACCAGCAGUCGCCCUUCAAACUGGACGACGUACAGGUCUACGGCUGCUACCCAGGCACCUUUUCCUUCGGCUACCUGGAUGAAACGGUGUCCUCCUGUGGAUCUGACUACUACGGCAGCCCCCUUUCAGCCACUGCAUCGCCCUCCACCCCAGGGUUCCAGACCCAGUCUGCUUCGGCCUGGGACACCCCGUUCAGCCCCUAUUCUUCUGCUCCUGGCUGUUGGGUGUCAGAUGUCAACGCAGUUCCCCAGCAGCCCUCCUUCUUUACGUUCAACACGGCAGUGGAGCAGCAGCAGCAGCAGUCACCCAUUGGGGAUCACCAACUGCACAUCGGGGAAGAGAAUGCUUUUGGACAGCUGUCCCAACUUCACCACACAUCUCCAUUGCAUUUCCAGGCCCUGGAGCUUGACCACAGGGCCUUGGAUAGUCCAAUGCUAAAGGAGGAAAGGCGUGAAUCUCAUCCGUCCGCGAAAACCCGGAGCCCAAAUGAAGGCCACUGUGCAGUUUGUGGGGACAGUGCCUCUUGUCAGCACUACGGGGUACGCACCUGCGAAGGCUGCAAAGGAUUUUUUAAGCGCACCGUUCAGAAGAACGCUAAAUACGUCUGCCUUGCCAAUAAGGACUGCCCAGUCGACAAGCGGCGGCGCAACCGGUGCCAGUUUUGUCGUUUUCAGAAGUGCCUUGCAGUGGGAAUGGUCAAAGAAGUCGUGCGUACAGACAGCCUUAAAGGGCGACGAGGACGUCUGCCUUCAAAGCCUAAGAACGUUCCAGACAGUGCUCAGCCUGUGAACAUUAUUGCCUCUCUUGUAAGGGCUCAUCUUGACUCCAGUCCUGUAUUGGGAAAACUGGACUACUCCAAGUAUCAGGAAGAUGUGUCCAGCCUGUCUAAAAAGGAGGACGCCAACGACAUCCAACUGUUCUAUGACCUUCUCACCGGGACCAUGGAGGUUAUACAGAAAUGGGCUGAGACAAUACCUGGAUUCAGCGCCUUCUGUCAAGAGGACCAGGAGCUCCUGCUGGAGUCUGCCUUCGUGGAGCUUUUCAUACUAAGAAUAGCUUACAGAACAAAUCCUGAGGAGGAUAAACUGAUCUUCUGUAAUGGUGUGGUGCUGCACCGCUUGCAGUGCGCACGAGGAUUUGGCGACUGGCUGGAUUCGAUCAUGGACUUCUCCCACAGCCUCCAUCGCAUGAGCUUGGAUGUAACAACUUUCUGUUGCCUGGCAGCUCUUGUCAUCAUCACAGACCGCCACGGUCUGAAGGAACCAAAACGUGUGGAGGAGCUUCAAAACCGCCUGGUCGCAUGUCUGAGAGAUCACAUCAACAGCAGCAGCAGCAGCAGCAGCACAGACCACAGCAGACCUCAGCUCAACCUGUCACGCUUACUCAGCAAACUGCCCGAACUGAGGACUUUGUGCACUCAGGGCCUGCAGCGUAUCUUUUACCUGAAGUUGGAAAACCUGGUGCCUCCACCCCCUAUUGUAGAGAAAAUCUUCAUGGAUACUCUACCGUUCUGAGAAGCAAAGACGGAGAUCACUUACCGGAAAUAUGUUUCCUGAAAUUGGAGUAAUGAGCAUAUUUAAAAGGAAAAAAUAGACCAUAAACAAGAAUAAUGGGCAAAUAUUGCCAAAUAAGUAAGGAAACCUACCAUUUCUGGUCCGUCACCUUCUGGGACGUUGUCUGAGAUCCUUUUUUUUCACCUUCCCCCAGAAACUGCCAUUCUUAAUUACCAGUUUGACAGAAAAUGUCUUCUUGUAUAUUUUUUUAUGUCAGAGCACAAAAUUAGAGGGCAUUUCAUGUCUGUACUUUUGUUUGGUUGUGUGUGCAUUUGUUUUUUGGUUUGACUUAAUUGCUAUGCAAAUAUAUUUAUAUAUUCUGUGAAUGCUGUUCACUUAGGUACGCAGGCCUUUCUACAAUAAUACUUUGUAAAUGUGAUGUUCAUUUAAAGUUCCUUCAAAAUGCAAAGAAACAAGACUAAGGCAACUAUAAAAUCAAUUUUAGAUCAUUUCAGGAACAUGCACAGUCCCAAAAUAUGUCAUAUGUAUGUGUGCCACUUUAAAGGGGAAUUUCACUUAUUUUGUAAAGUUGCUGUAUAAUUCAAUGUUUGAGAUGUGAACAGUCAUUAAGAGUGGUUCGAUGUAAAGCAGUUUGAUGGAGAGAAACUUACUUUACAAUCUAAAAAAAUACCUUUUCAGAACUAUUGUAAAUCUGCGGAGCCAUGGUGACGAUGUGACAUGAUGAUUAUUUUUAAUAAGGAAUGGCAAGUGUCACCUUUGCGGAUCUGUAUAAAACAAUGUGUCAAAUAUCAGACAUCAUGUAAUAACUUUCUGUGAGGGAAGCUUUUAGAGGUGGUCGUCUGGUUCCUAUCCCCACCACUGUGAACAAUUCUGACUUGGUAGGUUUCUCUAGAACGGAUCAUUUCACACCAAACCACUCUGAAUGACUUUGUUUACACCAUGCUGGAAAUUUGAAAUCUUUGGAAUCCCCAGAAACAUAUGUUUACACAGCUUUCAAUAUAGCAUUAGCACAGGAUAUACAUUGUUAACAUGCUUUAAUUAUGAUGAAUAGUCCGGAUGUUUCAGUACAUAGCCACAGUUAACCACAGAAGAACCCCAGAAGUUCUUUUAUUAUGAAAUUUCUACAGUUUCUACAGGAUGGUUCUGUUCUGACAGGAACAGGGGGAUAACUACCAAAUCAGAAGCAUUACUCGUGGUCUUUUGCAGCUAAAUGCAGGGCCACCGUUGCAUAAAAUUUAUAUAUAAAUUCUUUCUUUCAAAGCAGCCCAGGAAGCUUAAGAGUCCAACAGUAAUGAACUUAAUAAAUCCAACUACCCCAUCAACACUGGGGCUGGCUGGAAUAAUGUAUUUUAAACUGUUUUAAACAAAACAUUUCAUCAUAAAACCAGGAGAAAAAUGGCAGUUACUGAACGAUGCAUGUGAUGUUAGGCUAUAAAAAUCAUGUUAUACCCAGGUGACAUUGGCUAAAGGCUGAAAACUGCCACAAUUCAGCCCAGCCCUAAUUAACAUAGUUCAAGUGUAGUCUAAAUCAGGCAUGUCAAACUGGGACCUUUCAGGCCAAAGUGCUGUGGAGAUCAUUGUUUACCCUCAUCUAACACUCUGAAUUCAGUUCAUGAAGGUCUGGCUAAUUAGCUGUUGAGCUAAAUCAGGUGUGUUUAAUGAGACACUAUGUUGAAGUCUGCCGAGUUUUGGCCUGCAAGGACUGGAGCCUGACACAUGUGGUCUGAAUAGUGCCUUAUGUUGGGAAUAGAUCCCAUUUCUAUUUCUCUACAUACUUUAGUGUGAAACCUCCAUCAGUAUUUUGAAACUCAACUCUUUUCAUUAAUUGCUUAUCGCAAUGAAAUGAUUUUCACUAUUAUGGUUUCCACUUUAGGAAUGCCUGCAGGAAUCCUACAUGACUCGAAGUUGUGUAUUUGGAACUGAAUACAAAUGUAUUCAAUUACUUCAAUAAUAACACAUAUAAAUAUUAUACAUUGCAUAAAAAAGAUCACAAGAUCUAUAAGUAAUAAUAAAGAGAGUAAGUUAUAUAAAUGGUACUGAACUUUGUAAAAAUACAGAAUUCAAAGCGCAAGUACAAAUUCAAAGCGAAGGCAAAAGUUUUAGGACCCCUGGUCAAAUUACAUUUUUAAGUGUGAAUAAGUUAACACAUCCUCUGCCGAGAACACACUUCUGCAUAUUGUAAUACACAAUUACUGUUUUCUUUAGUGAAUUUGACAUACUGGGGUAACAAUAACCUGUGCCUAUGCAAAGGUUAUGGCACUUUCUAUGUCAUAAGCUUGUUCUAUGUAGAGGAUGUGUUAACAUAUUGCCAUCUAAUAAUCAGAAUCCUAAUUUCUAAAUAUUCUAAAACUAAUAGUCAUUAGACCAAAUAACCGUUUGUUUCUAAGGUAAAAGGAAGGAAACUGGCACUGUAUUGUACUGUACUGUCCUUUUUUUGCAUCCACAGAUAUGUAAACUGGACAUGCAUUGAAAUGUCUACAAAUGAGCAGCUAUGAGCACUUCAGGCAGCAUUCUUAAAAAGAGAUAAUAUUUUGUUUGACUUUGUAUGUUUGUCAUACAAGUGUGUAUAUGUCACAUAAUUUAUAUUUGCGAGUUUUCUUAAUGUGGAUUCCUAAAACUGAAAAGCUAUUUGAUAAAACCAAUUGAUAUGACA